GCCCAACUAAAGUAAGGCACUUUCUGAGUAAAAAAAAUAAAUUAAAAAAAAAAAUAAUAAUGAAGUCUUUUGCGUUAGCACUUCUAAGCCUUACAGCAGUUGUGGCACUUCCUUUGGAAAAAAGUCUAAAGGAUGAAUCAUCUGAAGAUGGUUGGUUAGUACCUCAACUUGAUGGAUCAAUUAAAUGGAUGACAAGAGAACAAGCUGAUAUGGAUAUUCGACAUGAUGAGAGGGCACGCAAGGCUAAACCAGUUAAAGUUGAAUUUUAUCUAUAUACCAGAAAUAAUCCCGAUGAACCUGAUCAACUUCUAUUAGACGAUGUUGAUAGCUUGAAAAAUUCCAAUUUUAACAAGAAACAUCCAACAAGAUUCAUCAUUCAUGGUUGGCAAAAUGAUUACAAAUCUGAUGUGAAUACAAUAACCCGUGAUGCUCUCUUAACAACUGGCGACUACAAUGUCAUCUCCGUCAACUGGAGUAACAAAGCAAACAAACUAAAUUAUGCAACUUCAGCCAAAUACGUUCCAGAUGUUGGAAAAAUUGUAGCUCAAAUGAUUGAUUUCCUCGUAACCAAAGGAAAAAUGUCAAUGAAAACUUUGAACGUUUUUGGUCACAGUUUGGGUGCUCAUGCUGCUGGAUAUGCUGGCAAACAUGUUACCGAAGGUGAAAUUCCCAUAAUAAUCGCCUUCGAUCCUGCAUUGCCAUUAUUCAAAUAUGAAAAUUGUGAUGAACGUUUAUGUGACACUGAUGCUGCUUAUGUUGAAUCAAUUCAAACAAAUGGAGGUUUAUUGGGAUUCCUAAUGCCAAUUGGUAAGGCUGCUUUCUAUCCAAAUGGUGGUAAAUCACAACCAGGAUGUGGUCUUGAUUUGGCUGGAACUUGUGCACAUUCAAGAUCAUACAUUUACUAUGCUGAAGCUAUUAAGGAGCAAUACUUUUUGAGUUUGAAAUGUGAAAAUUGGGAGACAGCUGUUAAGAAGGCUUGUCCAGAAGAUAAUGGUGUAGCGUUAUUGGGUAAUCCUAAAAAUUACAAAUAUGCAAGUGGAUCGUUUUUCACGCCAGUUAAUAAGAAGGCUCCUUAUGGAAGGAAGUAGGGAAGAGAGUUAUUAUGAUGUGAUAUUGUUUAGUAGAUGACUAGUUUGAAUUUAUAAUUUGAACACAAAUGUUU